AGUUAGAUUAGCUGGUUUAAGUAUUUCAAUGAACUACUCGUUAUUAAUAUAACUGAGAGUAAGUCCCUAAAUGUUAUGGGCAUAGAUUAUAUCAAGAAUUUCACCUAUACAGUGACUGAAACAGAUAUUCUGGAGUUUAUGUCGUCAUUUUCUGCGGAGGAUUGGAAUUCAACUCCUAGAUGCUUCUCAGAAGGUGAUAAUGAAGUUGAAAUUAUUCGGGAAUUGAAAACUGACCUAAACAAACAUCGAUGUUAUUUAUGCUGUCAAGGGGAUUUCUUAGUAAAUAAGAUGUUACAUUUUAGUGGAAUACUGAAUAAUGAUUAUAAAUUUGCUUGUGAAACUUGUGAUAAAAGCUUUAAGUGUAAAUCUGCCCUCACUAAGCACAAAUAUCAGCAUGUUGGUACUAAUUUUGAGCGAAAUCAAAAUAAGCAGAAUAAACGUGUCCAAGUAAGAGAAAAUAAUCAGAAUAAACGUGUCCGUGUAAGAAAAAAUAAUCGGAAUAAACGUGCUCAUGUAAGAGAAAAUAAUCCGAAUAAACGUGUCCAUGUAAAAGAAACGAAUCAGAAUAAACGUGUCCAUGUAAAAGAAAAUAAUCAGAAUAUACGUGUCCAUGUAAAAGAAAAUAAUCAGAAUAUACGUGUCCAUGUAAAAGAAAAUAAUCAGAAUAAACGUGUCCAUGUAAAAAAAAAUAAUCAGAAUAUACGUGUCCAUGUAAAAGAAAAUAAUCAGAAUAUACGUGUCGAUAUGGAUCCAAAGCAAGUCAAUCCGUACACAUUUUGUUUCCAAAAUUCUUACUGGUACACCAUAGGUCCAUCUAUAGUGAAAUGA